AUUUCUUCUGCAAAACACAAAAGAAAUCUUUUAAUGAAUAUCCAGUUGGGUAAAUUCAAUACAAUGUCAGUGUGAUUUUUGUCUUACAAUUUUGACUUACUUUAAAGUUUCAUUAUCCAUGCGGCUUGCUGAUCAUUUUCCAAAUUCUCCAAUCAGUUUUUGGUGAAAAUCAACCUGAUAUUUACACCAUACCACAGUAAAAUCCCUCUCCUUACUCCAGUCCAGUAGGUGGUGGAAAUGCAUCUUUUAUGUUUGACAUCUGCCAUUAAAAUGCCAGAAAAAAAAAAUUCUAAAAAUGUACUUCUACAAAAAUCGUAUCUAUUCAAAAGUUCAAAUGCAUGCUGAAUCAAAGUUCUAAAAUCUGCAAAUAUAGCUCUUCUACUCCUCCAAUGCCAUGAGCUAAAUGUUGUGUACAGCAGCAGUUCAAAGACCCCUGCUGAUUUGAUUCAUCCCUACACUCCUGCUCAGUCUGACGGACUCUCAAGUCCUCUGGUGCCAAUUUAUUCAAUUUAUUCACUAUGUCCUCCAUGGGGAGCAGGUCCUUCAGAGCAAUGGCCCCUAGAUGCUGAAACUCUCCCCCUGCAUCCCCACCUUUACAAGUUAACAGAAAGCAUUUGUUUACUAAGUGAUAUUACAAUGUUCCGAUUAAAAUUGUUGCCUAAUUUUGUUGUACUUGUUUCUUCUGCCUUUUGUCUUGGAUCGCUAAUAUCUCUGUCAUUUACUUUCUGUUCUAGAUGUUGUGAAGCUUAUUUGGGUUUGUGAAAAGCAUUUUAUGUAUGUAUCUACAUUAUCAUCAUUAAAUUAUUUCAUACAAUCAAACCAGAUAUGAGAGAACAGUUGGCGUCAGUUAAUGCUUUAACCUGCAUUUGCUUAUUUUUAUAAAAAAAAGUCAAAAGAACGAAACAUAUUUUGCAGGAAUAAGAUUUUUAUUUGCACUGACAUUUUCAUGACAGUAAUGGCCCCAACAAAUUUCAGUAGCAUAUUAUAAUGUGAAAAAUUUGUCCUCAUUAGUAUAAAACAAAAAAUAUUAUUUAAACAUAAAUGAAAAUUAAAAAUAUUAAAAGAACAAAAUCAAAAGAGCAAAAUAUUUUGCAGGGAAAAGGGUACAUUUGUAAAGAACAAUUGUGUAAAUCAUGAUAGCAUUUGUUAAAUUAAUAUCAGCUUGUUUUAUACAAUUAAAAAAUGUGUUUAAUUGAGCAAAAAAUAUAAAUAUAAUCAUAAAGUAUUUUUCUUUUCAAGCAAAAUAUAUUUUGGAUUAAAAUAUAACCUGAAGAGUUCUUUUGUGAGAUUCACAUUAUACCAACAAAACAUGCAAAAUCAUGUUCAACAAAAACAAAAAGUUCUCUGUUAAUUGUAUUGUUCACUUUUUCAUUGUUUGCUUGUAUGCCCAAGUGUAAAAUAUCCUUCCUGUAAUAAUUUUAAUGGCGCUUUUGGAGAGUCCCAAGUUGCAGAGCGAUAUGAUUAUUAAAUUCACAGGAGGCACAAAUGCCUCCUGAGACCAUUUACCCAUCACACCUGGGUUUUUUGUUGUCCGUGUGCAUGCUUACAGCUACAGCGUUUGCAUGUGAGCAAACAUCUUAAGAACAAGUCUCGUGGGAAUCAUUGCUGUAUGAGUCGAAACAGUGAAAAGAUCUGAAGUUCUCCGACUUUUGUCUAGUUUCACAGCAGCACCAUAAUCAUGAACAACUCCUCAAUGUGCUGCACUUACGAAACGCCCAUGCUGGACCAAUACCUCCCCCCUGUAAUGUUCACGGAGUUCGUAUUGGGCCUUAUGGGGAACGUUCUCGCCCUUUCAAUGUUCUUCUUCCACAGGGACACCUGGAAGCCCAAUUCUAUUUAUCUUGCCCAUCUAGCUCUGGCCGACUCAUUGGUCCUUUUCUGCCUUCCUUUCAGGGCCGACUACUACCGCAGAGGCAAGGACUGGGUCUACGGAGAUGCUUUCUGUCGUAUUUUACUCUUUCUUUUGGCUGCCAACAGAGCCGGCGGUAUAUUCUUCCUCACUGCUGUCGCCGUGGACCGAUACCUGAAGAUCGUCCACCCUCUCAACCGCAUCAACCGAAUGGGUCUGCGUUAUGCCCUGUGGGUCUCUACUGGCCUUUGGGUUCUCAUCAUAGCCAUGACUGUCUACCUCCUAACAGAUGAACAUUUCUACUAUCUACACAACCACACGCAGUGCGAGAGCUUCAACAUCUGCUUUGGGAAUAAUUCAAGGUUCAACUGGCACAACGUAUUCUACGUUCUCCAGUUCUUUGUGCCCACGGCCAUUGUUAUCUACUGCACAACCUGCAUAACGUGGCAGUUGAAGAAUAAGACAGUGGACACACAGGGCAAAAUCAAAAGAGCCGUGCAGUUCAUCUUAACAGUGGCUGCGGUUUUCAUUAUAUGUUUCUUCCCGAGCAACAUCUCGCGUAUCGGCAUGUACGUCCUGAAACUCUGGUAUAACGAGUGCCACUAUUUCCGUGAGGCAAAUGACGCGUUUAAAACCAGUGUCUGCUUUACCUACUUCAACAGCGUGCUCAAUCCCAUCGUCUAUUACUUCUCAAGCCCUGCCUUCAGUGGAUCCUUCAGGAAAAUCUACAUGAGACUUCUGGGAAAGAAAAUUGAGGCAUAA